UAUUUUUUCGCGGUACUCUUUCGCAGAAAUUCUCGCGUUUUUUAAAUUUUUGUUUGUUUACAUAGUGAUAACGCUUGAUUACGUGACUAUGUCAUCAUCAAACUGCCAUCUUAUCUGACGUUCUUUAAUCUACAGGUCUAUGAUUAUUUAUAAAAGGGCCACUCUAGAUGAAUUUAUCGGCAUUGUUCUCCGUGAUCUAUGAGUUGCUGGUGUGUCGGUGAUUGUGAAUUAUCACGGUUAUGUAAAAAUAUUUCUGUGUUUCGAGUAACAAAAUUUUAAACAUUGUCAAAAUGACUCAGAACGUAUCAAUGAUGAAGUUCAAUAACGGUAACGAGGUACCGGCUUUAGGACUGGGUACAUGGAAAUCUAAACCUGAUGAGGUUACACAAGCAGUCAAAGAUGCCAUUGAUUUGGGAUAUCGUCAUAUUGACUGUGCCUAUGCAUAUGGAAAUGAGAAGGAAGUUGGUGCUGCCCUUGAAGCUAAGAUAGCUGAAGGUGUUGUGAAAAGGCAGGAUCUUUUUAUAACAAGCAAAUUAUGGAAUACGUUCCACAAACCAGAACUGGUUGAGCCAGCUAUCAAAACUACCCUGUCCAAUCUGGGUUUGGAAUAUUUGGAUUUGUACCUGAUUCAUUCGCCAAUAGCUUUCAAAGAAGGCGAUGAUCUCCGCCCAAUGAAUGCUGAUGGUACUCCAGCCUUGAGCAAUGUUGAUUAUCUAGAUACGUGGAAGGCCAUGGAAGGUUUGGUAACUGAGGGACUCACAAAGAACAUUGGUAUUAGCAACUUCAACUCUGAACAAGUGGAAAGAGUGCUAAAGAACUGUACCAUCAAACCAGUUACAAAUCAGAUCGAAUGUCAUCCCUAUCUAACUCAGAAGAAGCUCUCUGCACUCUGUAUGGAGAAAGGCAUUCUUAUCACAGCCUAUAGUCCUCUUGGAUGUCCCGACAGGCCAUGGGCGAAACCUGAUGAUCCCAAACUGCUGGAUGACAAAAAAUUGGGUGAAUUAGCGAAAAAAUAUAACAAAACACUUGCACAAGUUUUGAUCAGAUAUCAGUUGGACCGUGGACAUAUUGCAAUCCCUAAGUCAGUUACAAAAUCGCGAAUCGCUGAGAACGCCGAGGUCUUUGAUUUCAAGCUUACCCCUGAAGAUAUUGCAUACAUCGAUACAUUCGAUUGUAAUGGCAGGAUCUGCUCAAUAACUAACUGGAAAUCCAGCCCCCAUUAUCCCUUCCACAUUCCUUUCUAAGAAUGGAACCUAGUUAAAAUAAGAAUGUUUAAAGCGGGUAUUGUUGCAAAAUUUGCAAAGUUCUUCUGUACUAAUUUUCUACGUGAAGUUCAUAUAAAAUAAAUAUCAUUUAAAUAUAA